AAUCGAACGGACCAAAGAUGGAACGAAACAUGAAAGCAGCCGUGAUUUACGAAGCAGGACGUCCUGAUGUACUCAGGAUCGAAGAGUGCCCAAUUCCUAAACCGCAGCAAGGUUGGGUACUCAUUCGCGUCAAAGCCUUUGGCCUCAACAGGUCUGAGCUGUUCACGCGUCAAGGGCACAGUCCCGGCGUCAAGUUUCCGCGCAUCCUUGGUAUCGAAGCAACCGGCAUUGUCGAGGAAGCCCCUGGUGGCGAGUUUCAGAGGGGUGACGUCGUAGCGACAGCCAUGGGAGGCAUGGGACGUUCGUUUGAUGGCGGCUACGCUGAGUUCACAUGCGUCCCUGCCGGCCAGAUCCAGAAGCUGCAGACGAAGUUGCCCUGGGACGUCCUCGGUGGCUGUGGCGAGAUGCUGCAGACCGCAUAUGGUAGUCUGUUCAACGCUUUGCAAUUGAAGCAGGGCGAGAAACUCCUUGUCCGAGGCGGUACAACCAGCGUUGGAUUGGCUGCUGCGGCGAUCGCGAAGAACCAUGCCGUGACAGUCGUGUCGACAACUCGUAACCCUAAACGGGAGGAGCUGCUGAAGAAGUCUGGGGCGAGCAUCGUAGUUAUCGACGAUGGCAGCAUCGCUCAGGAGGUCAGGAAGCAGACGGGUGGCGAAGGCGUGGACAAAGUGCUGGAGCUGGUUGGGACAACCACUUUGCUCGACAGUCUGCAGUGUGUCGCUGCUCACGGUAUUGUAUGCAUGACAGGAAUGGUCGGAGACAGCUGGGCUCUGAAGGACUUCAGCCCUAUGGACGCCAUCCCAACGAGCGUCUGCUUGACAUCUUACGACGGAGGUCCUCGGGCGUUCAUGAAUACGCCGUUGCAGGAGAUGGUCCACCAGAUCGAGGAAGGCACCUUACCUGUGUCGAUCGGGAAGACAUUCAGGCUGGAUGAAAUUGUAGAGGCUCACACGACAAUGGAGGAAAAUCGAGCUGGCGGGAAGAUCGUUGUCUUGCCGUGAGGAGGUCUGCGCCUAUGGCACGGCACCUUAUAUGGCACUGAUAGGCUUCUGAUUGCUAGUUGAACGACUUUAGCGAUCGACGCCGUAAG